UGAGAUUGACAUUCCGAUUGCUGACGUUAACUUCGAUCUGACCCCUUGGAUAGAGAAGGGAUACAGUGUGGGUGUGCUGCGUCAGAAUGAGAUGGCUUGGUGGUUUCUGUUUGACUGCUUGAAGAAAGACAGCCUGAAAAACAUGGCUAGACAUGCUGGUUCCCCCUUCAAGGCAUUCCGUGCGCUCAAGGAUCACUUUCUACCGUUGAGCCAAAGCCAGAUUCGAGUGCAGGAAGAAAAACUGAAGUCACUACGCAUGCGUUUCAAACGAAAAUCCCGCAACCUUCUUUGCAUCCAUCAGAGAGACGCUUGGUGUGCUGCAGAUGCUUGAAGUAAAGAAGAAUGACAGAUGGGAUUGGUGGCGUGUCUGGUGAGGUAGAAUUAUCUGGAACGCUGGAGUUGGUGUUUGUGACUGCUGACAGUGAAUUUUCCGUGGAGUUGAAGAACGUGUUGUACUCUCCAAACUUAGGGUAUAAUCUCUUUUCUCCGAGUGCAGAGUUUGAUGGCGAGUCAUGGAAUGGUCUUGGUGGUCCUGAUGGUGUGAUGACUGCUUUCAAUGGACAAGUAACCUUUCAGAACUUCGAUGGCAUGCUGAUUGCGUCUGCGUAUCGUCUAGGAGAAGCCUCUGUUGGCACGGUGUUGGCUGCUCUCACUCCCGCAAACCCCAAGCAAGAAACCACGAUGGAUAUCAACGAGUUCCACAACAUUUACGCUCAUUUGCACGAGGGUUUGCUUCGCACUACUGCAAAGCGACUAGGUACCAAGUUGGUUGGUGACAUGCAUGCUUGUUCAGGGUGUUCGAUGUCAAAGGCUAUUCGAAAAGGAAUCGUUAGAGAAACUAAACGUAGAUCGGAUAACAAGUUAGGCAGAGUUUUUGUCGACCUGGGAGGAAGGAAGGACAUUCAUUGCGUCCGUAGGGGGUAAACAUUAUCCCAUGAUUGUGAAGGAUGAUUUCACGAGACGUACAUGGAUGUAUUUCCUGAGAAUUACAUCAGACGCUCGCAGUGCAUUCCGGACUUUUCUUGCGAGUGUGCGUGCUAAUGGUGUCCCGUCAUUCGUUGAGAUUGUUAGAUCUGACAACGGAGGGGAGUUUUUCGGGGGGGAGUUUGCAUCUGUGUGCAAUGAGCUCUUGAUCAAACAAGAGUUCACACCGGCUUAUAGUCCGCAAUAUAAUGGUGUUGCAGAGCGUGGGCUGGGAUUGAUAGAAGAGGCCGCGAUGGCGGCUCGUAUUCAGGCUAAAGUUCUUUUUGGGCAUGUGCAGUUACCUGAGACUGAUAAACUCUGGGCUGAGGCUAUGCACUGGGCUUGCGAAGCGAUGAAUCACACCGCGUGUUCUGCUAACCCCGACUGUAU